CGGCGCCCAUGCAGCCCACCGCGUCGUGGGCGCCCGCCGGGGUCCCCCGCGGCUGCCGCCGUCGUUGGCGCCCUCGCCUUCGUCUCUCCGCCCGCGCCGGGCCGGGCGCCGCCUCCCCGCCGCCUCCCUCUCCGCUGCGGUCAUGUAGGGAGCCGGAGACCAUGUGAAGAUGGGGCUCCUGGUGUUCGUGCGCAACCUGCUGCUAGCCCUCUGCCUGUUCCUCGUCCUGGGAUUUCUUUACUACUCGGCGUGGAAGCUGCAUCUGCUCCAGUGGGAGGACUCCAAUUCAGUGGUUCUUUCCCUUGACACCGCUGGACAAACACUAGGCUCAGAGUAUGAUCGAUUGGGCUUUCUCCUGAAGCUGGACUCGAAACUGCCUGCCGAGCUAGCCACCAAGUACGCCAACUUUUCAGAGGGCACUUGCAAGCCGGGCUAUGCUUCUGCAUUGAUGACCGCCAUCUUUCCCAGGUUCUCCAAGCCAGCACCCAUGUUCCUCGACGACUCCUUCCGCAAGUGGGCUCGGAUCCGGGAAUUUGUGCCACCAUUUGGGAUCAAAGGUCAAGACAAUCUGAUCAAAGCCAUCCUGUCAGUCACCAAAGAGUAUCGCCUGACCCCGGCCCUGGACAGCCUCCCCUGCCGCCGAUGCAUCAUCGUGGGCAAUGGAGGGGUCCUUGCCAACAAGUCUCUGGGGCCCCGCAUCGACGACUAUGACAUCGUGGUCAGACUGAACUCGGCUCCCGUGAGAGGCUUCGAGAAGGACGUGGGCAGUAAGACCACCCUGCGCAUCACCUACCCCGAGGGCGCCAUGCAGCGGCCCGAGCAGUACGAGCGCGACUCCCUCUUUGUCCUGGCGGGCUUCAAGUGGCAGGACUUCAGGUGGCUCAAGUACAUCGUCUACAAGGAGAGAGUGAGCGCAUCGGACGGCUUCUGGAAGUCCGUGGCCACGCGGGUGCCCAAGGAGCCCCCCGAGAUCCGCAUCCUCAACCCCUACUUCAUCCAGGAGGCGGCCUUCACCCUCAUUGGACUCCCCUUCAACAACGGGCUCAUGGGCCGUGGGAACAUCCCGACGCUGGGCAGCGUGGCCGUGACCAUGGCCCUGCACGGCUGUGACGAGGUGGCGGUGGCAGGCUUUGGCUACGACAUGAGCACGCCCAACGCGCCCCUGCACUACUACGAGACCGUACGCAUGGCCGCCAUCAAAGAGUCCUGGACACACAACAUUCAGCGAGAGAAAGAGUUUCUCCGCAAGCUGGUGAAAGCCCGUGUCAUCACCGACCUCACCAGUGGCAUCUGAGGUGGACUCGGCACACGGCCACACAGGCCCUGGCAUCACCAGAGCGAGCAGCCGCCACGGCCACGGCCACGGCCUCGGCCUGGCCACACCUGAGAGGCGCAGGCGUCUUCGGACCCAGAGGAGGACAGCCAGGGGGGGCCCAGAGGGCCGCAAGGCUGAGCCUGGCAGCCAAGCUGUGCCCAGCAGCCCAGCGUGCCACGCCGGAGGUGGGACAGUGGGCAGCGAGGCCGCUGCUGGAAUCAUUUCUCCAAUCAGUGUUUCGUGUAUUACCAUUUUGUGAACUCGGAGCUGGGGUGUGGGCGGGGGGGAGGGAUAAUUUAUUUUUAAAUCAGGUUGGAGAUUUUCUUCGGGCCACUUGCCAUGCAGGAGGCGGGCCACCAGAGGGCCCGCGGGCAGUGGUGCCGUGACGGACCUCCCCUACUUCGGGGCUGCAGGGAGCAGGGGGCCUCACCUCUGCCAGCCCCCUACCACUCGUGAACACUUUGGCCUUUGUCGGUAAGAAGAUGAGGUGCCCUCCCUGUCUGCCCCCGGCCGUGCCACUGGGAAACGCUGGAGCCAUCUUUGACGCCAACGAGACAGCCCCGGCCCGAGAGCUGGGGGGCCCCAGGAGCUCGCCUGGCUGCCCCUGGCCUGGACACGCCCCCGCUGGGCAGCUCUGCGGGGUCUCAGCAGCAAGCAUGCUGGGGCUUCGGGCUCUGCCUUUAGCCUGGACUGGAAGGGAAUGAGGCCCAAAGAUCUUCCCCGGCCGUGGCAGCAAGCCCCACAGCCAUCAUGGAAGCAAUAAAGCUCUUCCCUGACCUGCCUCCGG